GGGCUUUGCCGGUUCUAGCAGUAGCAGACACAAUGAAACGAGGGGCAAUGUAGGGCACCACGUUGGGACUUGAAACGCAGAUACUCCGGUAGCGUAUUUUCUUUUUACUUAAUUUCGGACAUUUUUGUAUUUCAGUUUAUUUAUUUCGUGUAUAUCCACUGUAGAUAGAGAGCCGAGUCGCCGAUGAUAAAAACAAGGAGUUGAACAUUUUCGAAGAACUGACCGAGCUCAGGAAACGAGGCUGCCUGUAACUUUUGCUUUGUCGUUAAACGCAGUCGCGGUAUAAUGUCGUACGCUUAUUCGGAUUAUUUAGCUGCGAAGUGUCUGGUAUCGAUAUCCAGCGGUCCCGUCCUCCAUCGACCCACCCCGGUGUCUGGUGCAGCCCAGGCCCCUCCUCAGGGCCUUACAACCGGGGAGCCAGACGGGUCGAGCGAGGACAGGGAGGUGCGGGAGACGCUUCGGUUAGAGGGGGCAAACAUGAUGACGGUGGCAGAGAUCCUAACCGACCUGCACGGCAAGUUUCGUCCCAUGUCGGCCUAUUCCGAAAGCAGCAACUCGUCAUGCGGAGAGAGCGGUUACACCACGUUGUCUGACUCCACCACCCCGACGCCUACCAUGACCCCCUCUGCCACCCCUGUCCCGGGACAGUACAAUAACACCCCCCAGCCAAUUUGGGGAGGAGGGGGCGCACCUCGUUCCCCAACCAAGCGUCACCCCUGUACUUUCGACGGGUGUGACAGGGUGUACGGCAAGUCAUCGCACCUGAAAGCGCACAUCAGGACACACACAGGUGAGAGGCCUUUUCCCUGCACUUGGCCUGACUGCGAAAAGAAGUUCGCCCGUUCCGACGAGUUGGCUCGACACCUACGUACCCACACGGGCGAAAAACGCUUCCUGUGCCCCCUCUGCGACAAGCGUUUCAUGCGCAGUGACCACCUCAUCAAGCACGCUCGUCGACAUCCCAACUUCAACCCCUCCAUGAUCAACCGUAAGGGCUCGGUACAAGAAUCCGCCUCUGCCCAGCCCACUGCCUCCUCCGAGUACGCCAGCACUGCCGAAUAGACACGCCCACUGCCUCACACGACCUCUCCGGGACCUCCAUCAGACACCUGUUUUCUGCACUGUGACCACCAUCCCCGUAAGACACGCUGCGGCUUGAUUUGAUUUCCAUGCAUGCUGGGAUUUUUUUGAGCUCAGUUCUUACCUCCACAGGCCAAAAUAGGAGAACUUCACGUCUUCCUCUGAGCCCCUUCGCCCAACCAGUAAUGACCAAAAUGGGUGACGGAGACACAAACUUUCAAGCACAUUCCCUUACGACUAGGCACAGUCAUGUGAUUAUAUUAUCACGUGGCUGGCAAGUGAUGCAGAAUACAAAGUUGACCAUAAAUGUGCCUGUUUUGGGUGAAAUAUAGUGGACAGAAAUACCUUAAUGUGAUGCAUGUGGACAAAAUGGCCACCGGGGGUAGCGUAAUGUUUUUGAAAAACAGAUGUAUCAGCUAGUCAUGUAUCACUUGUCAGCCAUGUUUUAAACCUCCAAAAGGGAGUCACAUUUUUAGGGGCAGUUUACUCGCUCAACAGUCUUUGGUCUUUUAUUUGCAGUCGCUCCAUCUGAAAAUUUAGCACAACCUUGUUGUCUUGUACAGCUGGAUUGACAGAAUAGCGAAAUCUUGUGAUAAUAGACCGUUACCAGAUAGAUUUCUAGCAAAGUAUUUGUGUAUUACUCGCAAUAUUAUCACAUCGUUUACAACGUUGUGCAUUUUUAAAAUGCCUGGUAUAGCUAAGCCAAUGAGGUAUAGUUUAUCCAUUCCCUAAAAUAAUAUGAUGCCUAUUGAAACCAAACAUUGCAAAUAAUUAAAAAAUAAAAUGGCCAGUGAGUUUCUGUUGGGUAGAAACACUGCCAGUAUUUCCACAACUUUCCCUACUGAAAUGAUUGAAAUCAUAAUAACUUAUUGUCGUUUAAGUUUACUUUUUGUCUGUUUUGCUUAUGUUUCCUACUAAGAUCAGCAUGGCCUCUGAAAUAACUUUUUUUUUUAAAUAAUAAUUAAUAUUAUUAGACCAUGCUAAUCUAAUACUGCUUUGCGCAUCGAGGAACUCCUUUGUUUAUCCAUGUAUUCUUGACAUGUUGAUACAUGUAGCAGCAGUGUGUUUAAUAGUGAUGUGGAUAUGUGUAGAUAAUAUCUAUGCUUGAAGCUUCAAUGGUAAAGAUGUUAUUAUAUAAACUACUAGAAGUAAUACUUAUGACAGUACACGCUUGAAUAGAAUAGUGCUGCUUGUGUGCGAAUGUUUUUGCGCGUCACGUUUGUGUGUAUGUAUAUCCACACGGGAGAGGAAAAAAGGAAUCGUUCUCUCUCAAAACUGUCCCAUCAGCGGACCUCUUACAACCAUCUCAGAGAACAAAGAACACAUCAGGAAACUCAGAAAGCCUUAAAUACUUUGACUUGUUUUGCACCAUUGUUUACUGUUUGAUAUUUUCUACAGGUAUGCCGUCAGGCAUUGAUCUACUCAACUAAAGAAAUACACAUGCAAUAUUGCACUUUUUCUUACUGGUAUUGUCAAUGAUAUUAUUAAUCUGCUAGUGUGAUGGGUAACACUGUAUAGAUGCUACUGCAUAGUUCUACAAUACGAACACUGUGGAAGUGGAAGGGGUUAAAGACCCGUCACAAUAAAUCGAGACGAUAGUCUAAAUAUGCACAUUUGUCUGAGUGCUUAAACUAGAUUUUUGUGAAACUUUCAGUUUAGUUGUAUUUUUUCUUCAGGUUUUGUAGUAUCAAGAUGUCAGUAACCGAUACACUUUCAAAAGUGUAAUGCUCUUUCAGAGCGAAGUUCAUGAAUUUGUCUGCUGUCUUAUUCUCAAAUCUACAGAUAACAGUUUUUUAUUACUGUAUGAUACGGUUCGUACAUGUUUUUCUGUGCAAAUCAUGCAAUAUUUAAAGUGCUUUAGAUAGCUGCUGGCAGAUAUCUAAAGUGCAAUGACAAAUUCUACUUUCUCAACAAUAACAAACCAAACCAGAAUAGUAUCUAAGACUAUAUGUGUUCUGUAGUAAAUUAAAUUGUAUAUUGCUGAAAUGCUUUGUAUGUUUAAGAUUGUUCUUUUUCAAGAAAGAGUUGUUUUCCUCCAUUCAGAUGCAUGGUUUGAGUUGUCUUUGGAGCUGUUGUACUGUGUUCGGCUAAUGCACUAUUGCAUCAAUGGUACACUGUGCUAUGGGCUUUGUAUGUGAUACUGGACCAUUGUGAUCACGUCUUUUGAUUUUUUUUGCUUACAAUGCCCUCUUUUAGCAUUUUGGAGUCAACUUUGCAUUUGAGAUACCUCCUAUUAUGCUUCAUAUAUUUGCAGCUAAACUCUGGACUGUCUAUGUUGUCACAAACCACUGUUUCACAUCCGAUUUGUUUUUGUUUUUUUUAAUUUUUGUGUUUUGAGGUCUUUUGUAUCGUUUGGUUUGUUGUAUUGAAAAGUCUUGUUUCUUUUGCUUUGUGUUAGUUUAUAUACUGUAGAUGUCUUUAAAGUAUGCAGAACAUAGUGGGUAGCUUAGAACAGAGCCCAGUUAUCUGGUAAAGCCUAGCAAUCAUAUAGCAAAGAAGUGAUGUAUUCUAUAGUUUCUUCCUUGCUGUUUUUAAGCAUCCUGUCUCUGUAUAUCAAAUGCAAGUAAACUGAGAUGUGUGGUUGAUUUAAAUCUUGAUGCUACAUUGAGAAUUUGUAAAGUGGUGACUUUGUUUCAAGAACUGCUUUGUUGCUUGACGUACAAUCUAGACAUUGUCCAUCCAGAUGUUUUCACACACUACACCGAUUAUGCACUGAUUGGCAAAUUGUCUACAGUAAUCACACUAAAAGGAUGUCUGAUGAGAUCUGAUCCAGGUCUCAGUCUACAGCUUUGUCUCCUAUCAGUGGACCAGCAGGUUUUGUCAGUACAAAAGCUUCCAUGUAUUUCCUCAGGUGAUAAAACUAAAUGCUGAAAAUCUUCUUUGAGCAAGACCUAAUGUUAAGCAUUCUUUCCUUUUGCUUUUUUCCAUUAUUCUGCAUUUUUAAUUUAUUACUUGCUUUUUUGUUGAUGUGCUUUAAAAUAUCAUUUUAUAGUAUGAGACUUGACUAUUAAUUUGAUUUAGGCAAUUGAUUUAUUGUUUGCCUUCAAAAAAACCUUCCAGUGCUUUUUAAAUAAUAAAGAAACUGAU